CAGUGACUCAUAUUGAUUCAUGUUUCGCAAAUGAUUCACUCUUUUGUGCCGGAUCUUUUUAGUGUGAAUUGGAUGCAACGGCCAGGCAACUGACUCGUCCACUGAAUCGUUCACUGAAAUGAAUCAGAUUCAGAACACGUCGUGACUCACCGCCCGCUUCCCGAAAACAGGAACAGAAGUGCAGCCUGUACUGGAACAAACCUCAGCAAACACACGAUUACCGCUCGAGUGAUGUUCAUUUAACAUAAUCAAUACGAACAAAACACAGAUCGAGAAGAAAGUGAGAAUGUUGAUGUGCGAAUAACUGUAUUCGCGUUCGCUUGUGAUUCAGUCUCGUUUAGUUUUUGUUUGAAUAAGAAGUUUGUUCUCCAACACAAAACUCAAAUAAUCUGCUUCAGUUCUUUGUGUAUUGGUGUGAUGUAGAGACCGUGACGAAGAUGACGAUGAUGAUGAUGGAGUCGGACCGGGUCUCGUCAGCUGUGUCUGCUGGGCUCCAGAUCAAGAUACUGAUGCUGACGCUGAUGCUGUGCUUCAGUCUGCUGUGUGGCUUCGGCCCGCUGUGUGUGAUGAGACGAGCCGCGCGCUGCAGCUCUGAGACAGGUGUUCGACACAGACUUCUGAGUCUGGCCUCGUGUCUGUCCUGCGGCGUGUUUCUGUCCUCCUGUCUGCUGGAGCUGCUGCCCGACUAUCUGAACGACGCCAGACAGACCUUCAGCCGGCUCGGCCUCACUCUUCAUUUCCCGCUGGCCGAGUUCAUUCUGGCCAUGGGCUUCCUGGUGGUGUUUGUGGUGGAGCAGAUGCUGCUGGCGUUCAGAGAGCAGACGGGCGACGUCUCUCACGAGAAGCAGGCGCUGAUGGACUCUCACAUCCAGUGUCACGAUAAAGACGCUCUCAGUCGUUCCCAGCAGCGCUGGAGGCGUCUCUCCUGGACGGACGGAUCCGGCUGUGCGGAGGACGGGAAGUGUCAUGUGGGUCUGCGUGUGUUCCUGCUGUCGUUCUGUGUGUGUGUGCGGGCUCUGCUGGAGGGUCUGAGCGUCGGAUCGCAGCAGGAUCCAGAGCGCCUCCUGCAGACGUGUGGAGCGCUGCUUCUGCACAACGGAAUCGUGGCGUUCGGUCUCGCCGCGCGGCUGAGCCAGUACGGUCUGCGCCGGGGCGUGGCGUCCGGCUGUCUGCUGCUCUUCUCCGUCACGUGUCCGGCUGGGAUCGGGAUGGGUCUGGCGCUGGUCGGGAUGAAUCCGAGCGCUCAGGUUCAGCUGGUCCGCUGCGCCGUCGAGGGUCUGACGUCUGGGAUCUUCAUCAACGUCUCCGUCGGUGGAUUGCUGUGGCAGGAGUCGUGCUCUCCGAAGCAUCGCGUCCAUAAAGUCGCUUUCCUGCUGACCGGAUUUGCUCUGAUCACUGCCGUUCAGUUCAGUAAAGUCUAAACACACAUUUCAAUAAUAAUCAGAAAGAUAUUUUUUACAUUUUCUGUUGUUUGCUUUAGUUUGAGUGCUGCAGUAUUAUGAUCAGACUACAGUUAUCAUCAUAAUCGCCUUUAUUCUGUAAUUAUGUGCAACUUUACAUACAAACACACGUCUGUAUUAUCAGAUGAACGUCAGUAUGAUUCACGCACCUGAUCACAUGACAGAUGUGAUCAAACACUGGUGUGUAAAAUCAAUAAAUGCCAGAUGAUGAGACACACUGCGUUUGACAGACACAA